AUGAGCACCAAUGAAUUCCCUAUCCAAACGGCAAUCAAAGAAACCAACAUUAAUUUAGCCAAACAACUCAUUUCGGAAAAUCCCAAAUCAACAAUAUUAAAAGACAAUGACGAAAGAACGCCAUUGCAUUGGGCAGUGUCAAUCAACAACAAUGACUUGGUACAAUUUAUAAUAAAUCAAUUACCCAAAGGCACUGAUAUCGAUGAAUUAGUUGAUGCUUCAGGAUGGACCGCCAUCCACAUCAAUGCCUCUAUUGGCAAUGUAGAAAUUCUCAAUUUAUUAAUGCACACCGAUCCACAACCCGAUAUCAAUUUACCUACAAAUCAAGGAACAACGGCAUUACAUUUAUCAAUAUCCAAGAACCAUUUGUCAUAUGUUCGUGUCCUUAUUGACGAAUUUGCGGCAUCGUGUCGUGUUAAGGAUAAAAAGGGGUAUACUCCAUUACAUCGAGCAGCUUCAAUUGGAUCAAUUGCCAUUAUGAGAUUAUUGAUUCAACUGGCAAAGGGAGUCAAUGUUAAUGCGAAGGAUAAUGAUGGAUGGACGAGUUUGCAUCAUGCGUUGGCGGAGGGACAUGCUGACGCGGCGAUUUAUCUUGUUGAUGAAGCUGGUGCUGAUGUUAAUAUUGAGAAUGACGAUGGUCAGACGCCUAUUCAAGUGGCUGUGGAUGAGAAAGUCGCCAAGUAUUUCAAAGAGCAUAUUGAGAAGAAGUAA